AUGUACCACGGUAUUAUGGAUUCUAAUCGAGGCGCGCGGCGCGGUCGUCGUGGUGGUGGCCGCGGUGGCCGUAACGGCAAUCGUGGUGGUUCCCACAAUAUCUACCAUGGCGACGACAUCCGCAAUCCCGCCAACUUUGCGAAUCGCUCCAAGUUUCCGACCUCUAAUGGACCUCGGCGUUCCAAGGCUGCGCUUAUGGGCGGCUGCGUCUUGCCGAAGCACAUUUUCGGUUACUUCAAUCCUUCCGCCGACUACGACCGCACCCUGAUGAGCACCAUCAAUAGCGGCGAAAAAAAGCCGGAUGGCGUUGCCUUCGCAAUCGUUCAUGUCCAGAGCCAGCCGCGCUGGAUGGACGAGAACAUCAUCUUCGUCAAGUCGCGUCUCCAUCUCCUGCCCGAGUAUGCCGAGAAGAAGUCUCUCCUUCUUGAGAACCACAAGGAACCGUGUCAAGAGGAGUUGAUGGAGCGCAUCACCGCCGAGCUGACUCAGUCCAUCAAGUUUGACCGCUAUGGCAUCGAGGACGGCCCGGACAUGGAGGUCUUCGACAUGGAUGGCCAAAUCACCUCUCUCAUUCUCCCGGGCGACUGGAUGCCCGUCAACCACGAGGCUCCCAAGUUCGCGUGCGUCGGCACUCCCAGUGUCAAGUAUGUCCCCGUCUCCAACGACCUCAUUGCCGUCUUUGCUGGCUACAAACGCGAUUCGAACGCCUCCGGCUUCAAGUUUGUCGCUUGGUUCAUCGUCGAGCAGAUCGAGCUUUUCGCUGCCAACUCGGUCGACUUGGCCCGCAAGAUGCAUGAUAAGAAGUGGGACGGCGACAUUACCCAUGAGUGGGCUGCUGUUAAGUUGAUCCGAGUCGAAAAGGGCGAGCCGGAGUGGCGCCCGUCCCCCGACAUCAGGCGUCGUGUUAUCACGCUGCAAGGUCCGGAGGAGGAUCGGAAUAACACGCCUGAGGCGCCGCAGAAAAAUGCCGAGGAUGUUACAGAGAAUUCCGCUGCCAACGGCGACAGGAUUACAAGCCCCCAAGAUGAAGACACUUGCUCUGUUCGCGGCGAGGACGCGGUGGAGAGCGCCCAGACGGGCGACUCCCUGGACAAGGUCCAGGAGCAUGAAUCUGAAAUCCGCAAAGACGGUAGCAAUGGCGCCGUGGACGAGACCGUUGCUGACGUCGAUGAGGACACGGGCCGUUGUGCUGAUGAUGUCCGCGACGUGGUUGAAAGCGAAGCAAGGAUGGAGAGUGAGGUCAAGACGGAGGUGGUGGAUGUUGAAGACCACGAAGGGAAUGUCAAGGAGGGCAGUUUCGAGCCCCCCGAGGAUGGUGACGAGGGCACUGACAAGGAAACCAUCUCUAACAAGGAAGCCAUCCCCGAAACGGACAUUACCAAAGACACGGGCCAUCAUGAUGAGGGUAUUAUUUCCUUUCAGGACAAGAAUGAGGAGGGCGUUGUAGAAGAGGGCGUCAAGCGGGGAGAGGAGGUGAAGGUGGAGGAGGAAGAGACUGGGGGCUGGCUCUCUCCUUGGUUUGUGGAGGAACUGAUGAAAAGCAUUAUGAGUGUGGAAGAGACCAAUGAAACGGCCCUGAAGACCAAUGAUGGCGGGGAGGCCAAGGAGAAGGAGAAGGAGAAGGAGAAGGAGAAGGAGGUCUGAGGAUCGAGGAAGGCGCACCCAAGGCAUUUAUUUGCCUUGCCGUCCUCACUGUGGUCUCGGCAAUCAAGUUUGAUGCCAUCUUUCGGUUGCUAAAGAAUUCACUUGCACUUACAAACCACACCCGCAAUUGACCACAA